CGAUACUAUGAAAAAUAAUUUGUGCGACAUAUCAUAGCUAAUUUCAAAUGGCGGGCCGUCGCCUGCUCGAUGCUGCGGCUCUACUUUCGGCUUCUCGAUCAAUCGCGGCGAAGCAUGUUACGCUCCGUUCUCGCCAACUCGAGCUUUUUAGCAAAACAUCUAGUGUUGCAAAAGCUGCUAAGCAUCAGAGUGAUCGAGUUACUCUGACUUUUCAAGCUGCAAGUGCGCUUGCUAAGAAUUUUAACGAACGUCCAGAGACCGACAUCAGUACUUACAACACUACUGCUGGCUUGGGACAAGACCUGGCGCGGGUUUCAUCAAACACGAAUCAAACGUCACAGCCAGGAACGGAGAUUCGGAUUCCAGCUCGAGUUGCUGAAUUGUCCAAAGAAGUUGGCCCGGAAAGCGACACAGCAGCGCUCUCUGAAGGGCACGAUAGAGAUGUUUACUACGAGACUCCGAAAGUUGCAGGGGCUGUUUCUUCGAAUUCUUCAAGAGCAAAGAUUCCCUCAAUUGUCGAAAGCACGCAGACCGGCGAUGAUCAUGUAAAAGAUGGACAAAUUAAUGCCGAUGUCUAUUAUUCUUCUCAAGGCCAUAAUGAGACCGAUACAAUACCCAGGCGGGAAGCGAUUCCGGAGCAAGAUCAAGUUCCCGAUGGCAUAAACACUGAUGUAUUUCGAACUGCGAGAGUAGCCCGGAUGUUGGGCCCGGAUAAGGACACAAAACCUCAUCCGACGCUCAAUAUGCAUGCCGCUUCCCGCGCACCGAUCGAUCAUACAACGCUUGCUCAAGGAAAAGAUCAGGAAACAUAUCAUGUCAGGAGUUCUCAGGACUUGCAACCUGCUGCACCGGAAAGAGAUAUUACGGUUGGUUCUCACCUAAAUAGAGGCAAGGAUCAUUCAUUCGCGAAAAACAAUGUCAAUUCUAAAUUUGAUACCACGAGCUCCAAAUCACAGAUCCAGAUCCCCCAGGAAAUGAGCUCCUCAUCGGAUGGGUCAGUAUACCGCCUGCGUGAAUCCAGAGUUCCCUCGUCUCGGGUUGGCCGGCUUUGGCAUUACGGUGGACUUGCGACAGGAAUGGCAUUUGGCGCGGUAAGCGAGAGCUUUCGGCGUGUCACUGGAGGGAGUGAGACGACUGGGUCCUUGAUGUUUAACGCUGCCAACAUGGAGAGACUCGUGGCAAAGCUGUCAAGGAUGAGAGGAGCUGCACUGAAACUGGGUCAAAUGAUGAGCUUUCAGGAUGCAAAAAUGCUUCCUACCCCUAUACAAGAAGUUUUGCAAAGGGUCCAAGAUAGUGCCGAUUAUAUGCCGGCUCGACAACGGGAUCAGGUCCUCACUAGUAAUCUUGGGCCGCAAUGGCGAGAGUUAUUUAGCACAUUUGAUGAGGUCCCUAUGGCUGCUGCCUCCAUUGGCCAGGUUCACAGCGCGAUUCUCAGGUCCACUGGUGAACCAGUGGCUGUCAAAGUGCAAUAUCCUGGAGUUGCAGGUUCCAUAGAUUCAGAUCUGAACAAUCUUUCUAUCCUGCUUACUGCAUCGAAGCUGCUUCCUAAGGGAUUAUACCUUGAGAAGACAAUCGCAAAUGCGCGAACCGAGCUCGCAUGGGAAUGUGAUUAUGAGCGCGAAGCCAGCUGUUUGAAGCGCUUCAGAAGCCUCCUCGAAGACGAUGGUGAUGUUUUUGUAGUUCCAAGGGUCAUCGAUGAAGCAUCUGGAAAACAAGUUCUCACAAUGGAGCGCAUGAAUGGCGUCGCUGUAACCAAAAUCAAGAAUUUUACUCAGGAGCAGCGUGACUGGAUUGGCACUCAGCUGCUUCGACUAUGCCUGCGUGAGAUCACGGAAUUCAAAUUCAUGCAAACAGAUCCCAAUUGGACGAAUUUUCUUUAUAACGAGGCUUCCAAUAAGCUUGAACUCCUCGAUUUUGGCGCGUCACGAGACUAUCCUAGCCAGUUUAUUGAUCCUUAUAUUCGUGUACUACAUGCAGCCUCGAUUAAUGACCGCGUCGCCUGUCGUGAUCUCUCAAUCAAGCUGGGCUACCUAACGGGUUUAGAAUCUGCUGCAAUGGUAGAUGCUCAUGUAACAUCAAUCCUGACCAUCGCUGAGCCAUUCGCAACAACAGCGCCGGCCAUUUAUGACUUCCGCAGUCAGAGUAUCACUGAUCGGGUACGCAGCCUCAUACCUGUUAUGUUAAGGGAGCGCCUGUCUCCUCCUCCCGAGGAGACAUAUAGCCUUCAUCGCAAGUUGAGCGGGGCUUUUCUGCUCUGUGCCAGGUUGGGGAGUCGUGUACCUUGUCGUGAGCUCUUUGGAAAUGCUCUGCGCAAAGCUGAUAUAACUUGACAUCGACAUUGGAUUGCCUAGAUACACCUCGUUGCCAGUGGGUUGGGAGUUUGCUUUGUUUUCUGCGCUUCGUAAAAGCAUCAUGGAUGAUCAAUUCUUGCCGUCGAGCAAAUUAGAAUAUACAGAUGAUAAUGGACCCUGGCUCAGAGCAAAAGUCAGUCGGUUUCAGUUACAAAAAUGAAGGCGUAGAUAGAAGUAUUAGUUUGAUGAUCUAUCAAGAGUGAAGUUUCUCCCUGU